UAAAUACCAAUAGCAUGGGAGACAACUCGCAUUUGUUUACAUCAUAAUAUUAGAUGUAGCUUCCGGAUUCGUAACGUAAAUAUCACUGACGAUAAUUUCUUUUUGUUUUGUAAUGGAGGAUUGUGAUUAUCUGUAUAAGAUCAUCCUAAUCGGCGAUAUCAAUGUGGGGAAGACCAGCAUAGUGAAGAGGUUCCGUGAUGACACAUUCGAGACUACGUACAGAACCACCAUAGGAGUUGACUUCGCCAUUAAGACAUUAGAAAUAGACAACAAACAAGCUAAGCUCCAGAUUUGGGAUACGUCUGGUCAAGAGAGGUUUCGAUCAAUUACGACGAGCUACUUCCGAAAUGCCCACGGGAUUAUGGUGGUGUAUGACAUUACGAACAAGGAGUCUCUUGAAGUGGCCGAGCGUUGGCUUAAUGACGUGAAGAGAGUGUGUGGUGACACUCCCGUUAACUUACUUGUUGGUAAUAAAUCAGACUUGAGCGACAGAAGACAGGUCACUAUACAAGACGCCCAAUCAUUUGCUGCACAAUAUGGGAUGAUUGGACCUAUAGAAACAAGUGCGAAGACUUCCGCCAAUAUCACUCCAGCAUUUUACAGUAUGGCACAGGAACUCGUGCAGGGGACUGGCGCUUCCUUCCACAAUACAUCUAACCAAGAAGACAGCAUAUUACUGCAUCGGACUCCUCCCGAGCCCACGUGGUGGUCGUGCUGUGGGUACACGUGAUAGAUCUUGCCAAUUAUCAUGAUAUCUGUGCCGAUGACUUUUCGGAAUGUGCCGAUAUCUUAGAUAUCAAUAUCAUUAUUAUAAUUACAUAAAUUCACACAAUUAAUGGCCCAUAAGUGAGGUCAGGAGGGCCGAAAUAUUGAGAAAAAUUGGCAUAAAACAUCAAACAAACGAUAUAUAGAGAUAUAAUGGUAUACUUUAAAUGGAAUGUGACAAUUGUUGCUCAUAGUUUGUGGUACAGACCGACAGCUUUCAUUGACCUGAUCUGCGACUGACCGUUAGGGUUGCUACAUUUAUACCAUAUUUGAGGUAUUCUGUUAAGAUGUUCUUACACACUUACUUAUAUAAUAUAUUGAUAUUACGAGUGGUCAGCCCAGGUGAUAGUAGCAGUAGGCCUGAACAGUUACUAAAUAUGUGAGGCUGUGAUUUACACGGUUCGACUUAUUGUCCAUAUUUACACGACGUUGCUCUAGAGUUGCAAACUUGCCUAUCCCAUACGCCGACGAUCAAAUUCCCUGCAUUCGUUGUAGCUUAAAGAUUGUGUAGAAUAGACGUCUUGUCCAAUGCCGACACCAAUACCCGAGGUGUUAAUAAUUUGAAUCCGUAUAUCUACUGUAAUGUUCAUUCAAAGGAAACGUGGUGCUAUACCUUAAACUAGAACUCAACAUAACGUUUACAUAACCUUAACUCGACAUUCUCACAAGACCAAAAAAAAGACAGCUCAGUUUUACGUUCCCGAUAAGAACGUCAGUACCCCGCUUAAACGAUCCUAAACGCGGCACUUCUGUCCUCAAACAUCAAUUCGCCUAAAAAAAUCAGUCCGUAAAAUAAAACAGCAAUACGUUUCCUAUACGAUCUUGAAAUCGUAAAAUACGGCAAUACGCCUCAUGGUUUGGUUUGGUCUAUUUUGUACAGAAGUAUGAAACUAAAAAACAAUUGCCAUCAACGCUUAUAAUUCAUUUUUGAAAAUAUUUUUUUAAUUUAAAACAUGUUUUAUGUACAAUUUUACUGGUUUAAUUGCGGUAUUCUUUUUCUCACGUCAAUUGUCGUAUUGUGAGGUCACAUUUUUCGCCCCAUUCUCGGAAUUAUUUUCAUAGUGGUAUGAAAAAAAAUCUCAACCAAUCAGAAAGCUGCAUUCUGCGUACAAACAAUGGAAAAUUAAUUAUAUACCAAACACUUUUUUCUGAUUUGACCAAUCAAAACGCUUCUUACAAACGACAAUGGUGAAAAUUAGAAGCUUACUCGUAUAUAUUGCUAUAGAAAUAUAAUAAACAAUAUCUUACAGUAUUCAAAAUAUA